AAAUAGAUCACAGCAAUGGAAACGACAAUAUACUCUACAGCAAACUGGUGAAGGCACAGUCAAAUCGAGAUGAGUACUUCUCAUUUAUUACCAAAAGUGUUACAACUUUCCCUGGAAAUCACACUCUAGUCGCCUUUACAAACAACGCUCAAUAUAAAAACGCAACUCAUCCAAUUAUCAUGCCCGAUAUGAGAUUUUCGGUACCUUCUACACCUAAAAUUGACUGUUAUGACUCGCACAUCACUGUUCGUUGGUACAAGCCGAAACGCUUCGGUGAUUUUUGCCACUAUAUCGUUGAGGCCAUUUCUAGCAAGCACAAUGCGUCUCAAGAAACACAACCGAUCACUCGUCCCAGGGAUUAUGCUUCUAUUAGCGUAAAUUUUAAUGGUCUCUUGAAUGGAAUUACUUAUGAAUUCUACAUUACAACUCAAUGCAAUAGUUCCAGAGUAGAGCGCAUUAAAGUCGGAGAGAAAGAAACUAACCCUGGAUAUCCAGGGACUCCACAGAAUCCUCAACUUAUACUCUUGGAUCCGAAGACGGUUAACUUUACCUGGAAUCCACCAGUAGUAUUUCGUGGGAGCAAACGAACAUAUUCUUAUGAGUGCAACAUUAUUGGGGAAAGAGCAGAAUAUGAUGGCGAAGUGACGGAGUGCUAUGUGUUACUUAAAAACGUUCUUCAUGGAAAUAUUUCUUGCAAAGUGCAAGCAGUGUCUAAAACAUUGGAUUAUAGUAAAAUGCGUGGACUUUUUACGAAAAAAGUCAUCUUGGAAAUACCAAGUCCAGAUACCCCAAUUCCACAACCAAUUCAAUUAAAGGGAAUCGAUGAAACAACUCUUGAAUUGAAUCUAAUGAAAGAAUACAGAGAAAAUGUUAUUGGACAUGCUGUAUCGAUUGACUCUGAUCUCAAGAUAAGUUUCUUAACUGGUGGGGAAAUCGUAGUUAAUAAAACAGGUUUGCCUACAACACCAACAACAGAAGCAGCAACAACUGCUUUUCAACGAAAUACUACAACACCACAACCAAGCACUGAGGGAAUUGAGCAGACAAGUAAACAAAGUCAGUUUCGUAUUAAUUUAAAUAAAUGGAGUUGUUACAAAGCUGUUUUCCCUACGUGA